AGGUUGUGAGCGGAUCAAGUGUAUCCGUUGGGAUUAAAGCUGGAUCUCACUGAAUCUAAAAGCCUUUCGAGGUGGAUUUUGUGUAUUUUACAAGCGGUUUUUGUCCGAUAUUUAUUAGUUAUUCCUCGACGGAACGUUUUAAUUCGCCUAUUUUCUUCUGCUGAAGCUGAAGAUCGAGGGAAAAGAUGUCUUCGGAAGAAGACAGAGCGAAGGAGAUUCUAAAGGGGUUUAAACUAAACUGGAUGAAUCUUAGAGAUGCAGAGACAGGGAAGGUUCUCUGGCAGGGAACUGAAGACCUCUCCCUUCCUGGGGUAGAACAUGAAGCUCGGGUUCCUAAGAAGAUCCUGAAAUGUAAAGCUGUCUCCAGAGAGCUGAAUUUCUCUUCAGUAGAAAAACUGGAAAAAUUCCGACUGGAGCAAAAAGUUUUCUUUAAAGGCCAGUGCCUAGAAGAGUGGUUUUUUGAGUUUGGCUUUGUGAUUCCUAAUUCUACAAACACAUGGCAGUCUUUGAUAGAAGCUGCACCAGAGUCACAGAUGAUGCCUGCAAAUGUCUUAACUGGUAAUGUUGUUAUAGAGACCAAGUUUUAUGAUGACGACCUUCAUGUCAGCACAUCCCGGGUACGACUCUUCUACGUCUGACACAUGGAACCUUUCGUUUAAUUACUCCAGAGGAUGGACCCACACUUCCGCAAGUUUCAGUUGCCAGAGAAGACACUCUCCGUACUGAGUAUUUCUUCUGAGGCGCUUUAAAGGGAACAUUUCAGUAAAACCCAGUUUCAAGACAAAUGAUCACACCAGUUUUAUGGCAGAUAAGGACUUGUACAUAAGAGCAAUCAUGCUCAUGACAACCUGGUUGUGUAAAUUACCUGUUUGUAUAUUUUUCUUCUCCUCCUUCUGUAUUUCAAUCCUGCAAUGUACACUGCUUCCUUAUCAGCUGUUUUUAAAACGUUUUCUCCCAGUCUGUGUGGUUAUUCAUGGUCUAUUUUUUUUUAGUUAAACUG